AGGGGAGGUUGCUUUUGAUGACAAUACCAGACCUCGAAGGUGGACAGUCGGGUGCAGUAUGACAGGACAAAGUGCAGGAGGCUGUGAGGGCUGCUGAAGAUGUCCGAUAGUCUGGAUAUUGAAGAGAAACCUCCAGCCCCUCCGUUGAGAAUGAACAGCAACAAUCGUGAUUCUUCAGCGUUGAACCACAGCUCCAAACCGCUCCCCAUGGCCCCAGAAGAGAAGAACAAGAAGGCCAGGCUGCGCUCCAUCUUCCCAGGAGGAGGGGAUAAAACCAAUAAGAAGAAAGAGAAAGAGCGUCCUGAGAUCUCUCUUCCUUCAGAUUUUGAACAUACGAUUCAUGUGGGGUUUGAUGCAGUCACCGGGGAAUUCACUCCAGAUCUCUAUGGCUCACAGAUGUGCACAGGGAAGCUCCCAGAGGGAAUUCCAGAGCAGUGGGCCAGGCUGUUACAGACCUCCAAUAUAACAAAACUAGAGCAAAAGAAGAAUCCACAAGCUGUUUUAGAUGUUCUCAAAUUCUACGAUUCCAAAGAGACAGUUAACAACCAGAAAUACAUGAGCUUUACUUCAGGAGAUAAGAGCGCCCACGGAUACAUAGCAGCCCAUCCUUCGAGCACAAAAACUGCAUCAGAACCCCCUUUAGCUCCCCCAGUUUCAGAAGAAGAGGAUGAAGAUGAAGAAGAAGAAGAAGAUGACAAUGAACCUCCACCUGUUAUUGCACCACGACCUGAGCAUACAAAAUCAAUCUACACUCGGUCUGUAAUUGAACCUGUUGCUGCACCAGCACUAGUUAAAGAGGCUACGACCCCUCAGCCUGAGAACUCAAACACCAACACUUUGUACAGAAACACGGACCGGCAACGAAAAAAAUCCAAGAUGACGGAUGAAGAGAUCCUAGAGAAAUUGAGAAGCAUUGUGAGUGUUGGUGACCCUAAGAAGAAAUAUACACGAUUUGAAAAAAUUGGUCAAGGGGCAUCGGGUACUGUUUAUACAGCAAUAGACAUUGCCACAGGACAAGAGGUGGCCAUAAAGCAAAUGAAUCUCCAGCAGCAGCCUAAAAAGGAACUAAUUAUUAAUGAAAUCCUGGUCAUGAGGGAAAAUAAGAACUCUAAUAUUGUUAACUAUUUAGACAGCUACCUAGUAGGCGAUGAACUUUGGGUAGUUAUGGAAUACUUAGCAGGAGGCUCUUUAACGGACGUUGUUACUGAGACCUGUAUGGAUGAAGGACAGAUAGCAGCUGUGUGUAGGGAGUGCCUGCAAGCUCUGGAUUUCUUGCAUUCAAACCAAGUGAUCCAUAGAGACAUCAAGAGUGACAACAUUCUUCUCGGGAUGGAUGGAUCUGUCAAAUUGACUGAUUUUGGGUUUUGUGCUCAGAUCACACCUGAGCAGAGCAAACGGAGCACAAUGGUGGGGACUCCCUACUGGAUGGCACCGGAAGUAGUGACAAGGAAAGCAUAUGGCCCCAAAGUUGACAUCUGGUCCUUAGGGAUCAUGGCAAUAGAAAUGGUGGAAGGAGAACCCCCGUACCUUAAUGAAAAUCCUCUCAGGGCUUUGUAUCUGAUAGCUACUAAUGGAACCCCAGAACUUCAGAAUCCUGAGAGACUCUCUGCUGUGUUCCGAGACUUUCUGAACCGCUGUCUGGAAAUGGACGUAGACAGACGAGGGUCUGCCAAGGAGCUUUUACAGCAUCCAUUUUUGAAAUUAGCCAAGCCUCUCUCCAGCCUGACUCCUCUCAUCAUUGCAGCAAAGGAAGCAAUUAAGAACAGCAGCCGCUAGCAGUGUGGACUGGCUUGACCCCGGGCCAGCUCCCUCCAGAGCGGGACUGAACAAAACUCUGUAAAACCUCAAUUCUUGUGCUGCAGGACAGGCAGACAUAAGGACAAACAGUCACAGUCAUGAUGGAGGCCAGCUGUUUUGCAGCUCUUCGAGGACUAGAAACCUAUCACGUGUCUUCUUCCUGCUCUCUGAUUUCUUCAUUUAUUUCUCAGAUGAAACAGGGCCCAAAACCGAGCUGCCAGGCCAGAAAUCACCUUGUUGUCUCAGCCAUCUCCACGGCCAAACAAACUCAGUAGCGAGACUCCCAGUGACCAUCCUGUGCAUUUCACUUUUAAAUGAUUGGUUGGUUCUUAAAGAUUCACAAUCACUUUUCUGAGUUCUUUGGUUUGGUUUGGAACGGAAGAAGGGUCCUCCUGCAUUGAGAAACCUCCUCCAGGCUGAGUUGUCUUUUGAAUACAACCCAUUUGCUAGUAUUUGCCCAUUCAUGGUACCAUUAGAUGGUAAGGAUGAAAGUGAAAGUGCUUUUCCAACCAAAAAUAAAUCACCUGCCGAGCAGGAAGAGCAUCCUGAUGAGAUAUACGCUUUCAACCGUGAACAUACAGAGUUCGGGUCCUUGGCAGCAUGAUUUGUGCAAUUAACAAUGGUACUUUUGCCUUGGUGAGGUUCUUGUAAACUGAAAAGCAGAAAGGUCAGCAAGUUUGCUCAGAAAGGGCUCGUCUGCUACAAAGCUGUAAUGCAAAUGGCGGCCCAGUCUUGCUAGGUGCUGAAUCUCUCCUGCAAAGUGCUCAGCACACAACUUCCCCAGCAGUGCGAUAGACGGGCACUCCCACUGAAGGGAGCUGAGGACGCUCAGCCCCUUUGCAGACGGGAGGCACUCAGCGCCCUGUGGGAUUACACCAGCUAUUCAUAGCAUGAGACCCUAACCAACAGUAGGCUGAAAUCUGCUAUCGGCUGCCUCCAUGCCAAUGCAGCCCUAUUUAAAUUUGGGUUUGCACAGAUUUAAUAGAGGGGCAGAAUUCAGCCUAGCGAUUGUGUGAACCGAGUUUGCCCAUCCCCAUGGCUGGCUUAUGACUGCUGAAAAAGGACAGGUAGCGUCUGUAAAAUUCCCAAUCAAUUAGGCAGCCCAGUGCUCUAAACUGUUACUCCGGUGAGUGCCCUUAGUCAUGUGAAUAAUUCUAUUGAAAAUGUUGGGGCUACUCAAGUAAGAGUUUGCAGGAUUUCAUUCUGCAUGAGCUCUCCUGCCAAUGCAACAAAAGAGGGUGGAGGAAAUGUAUUUAAACAAGGGUUUUGUAGUGCUGGGUGAAGGGAGGGAAAGGUAAAUGCAGUCUAGAGUACAUAAAUACUCUUAGGCCAUAAACUGGGUCAGCCUUUAACUCUCCCCUCAAUGCAUGCACCAAACUCACCUUAAUGCUAGUAUGUGUAUGUCGAGGAGAGAAUAAUGGCUGGAAAUGACUGAGGAUUGUACUGGCUCGUAAAUUUAUUUGUAAAGGAGCAGAAUAGUUUAAUUAACAAUUUGUAUUAUGUGAACGGACAGACCUGGUUGGCUUUCACUCAGCAAAAUAAUGUGUAUGGAAUAUUUGCUGCUGGAUUUUAGGGUUAAUACUACAUUUAAAAAUCAAAGCCCUUCGAAACAACAGUAGGAUGUGGCUAUUGGUAGUGGGGAGCCUGCCUCUGUAAAAAUAAUAAUAAAUCCUCGACUGUAGAUCACCGUGACUUCACAUUUAGUUUUUGAUACUGCAAGGAGCUGAGCGUUCCUGAGAGGUGCUAAGCAUCCUCAACUCAUGUUGUCAUUAGUAAGAGUUAAGGGUGUGCUCAGCCCUUUCCUGGAUUAGGCCUUGAGCCUUCGUUUGGCUUUGGAUUUUAGUGAUAUAUUUGGGUUGUGACUUUCAUUAAUAUUGCCAACUGGCUGACUCUCAUUAUUUGUCCACCUCAGUUUCUUUGGGGCUUGACUGAGGCAGUGUUUAUUAGUUUACCGUACUCAGCUGCUAAUUAACUUUCCCCCAUCUCCUGGGAUGCAGAACAAGUUUUUGUUUUAUGCCCAAAUAAGUAAAGAUUCUUCUUCUUUAGUGGGAUCAUUUUUGUCUUUGUCAACUCAGGUUAGACAUCUAGGAGAUGGGAGUUUAGGCUUCUUUGAAAAUCCAGUGAUUCAAGCUCACGAAGGCCCAACCUUAUUUUGUAAAGAAUCAAUCGUAAAGAAAUGAAUUUAAAUUCCACAUAGAAGUAAAGGGGCAAGUGACAGUUUCUAUUUCCAGGGUAGCUUUUUCUUGUCUUUGUAUCCACAAAGGUGCGUACAUCCGUCCCUUGAAAGGAAAGCACUUUCUGUGGAGCAUUUCUGCUGGAUAUCCAGAACAAAUCUUUUUUGGGAGGUUAUGCUAUUCGAUUUGCUGGGUUUUUUCACUAGUUGUUUUCUUCAGCUAUAAAUAUUUUGCCUUUUUAUCCCAGCUCCACCCUUCAAAGAAAAAAUUAAAAAAGGUAUAAUCAAAGAUAUACACUUCAGAAUGGUGUAUGCUCCAGUGUGUGAAAUAUUGUUGACACUGUCUUUUUAAAUGCAACUGCUUUAAUAAGAGGCCUUAAUUUUUAUUUUAUUUGUAAAAAUAUUUAUUUUAUUUUGCAGCAGCAAAUCCAGAGAUUUUACUUUUUAAAAGGAUUCCUAGCAUGCCGACAAGAUUCAAUAGAAAUCCAGUUCCUGCCAGUGAUUGCAUCCAGCACACAAGCUAUAAUUGCCCAGCUGAGUACUCUGUAAAAGGGACCAAUUACUUUAUGUCCCUUUAUCUAAGGCUACAUCUACACUACAGGGGGGAGUCGAUU